AUGGCAGAGGAUUCGUAUAAGGAAUGUAAACGAUGUUGCAGGGAGAUGUCGUGCAUUGAUGAACAUGAAGAUUGUUAUCGACAUCGGUCUUGCUCAGAAGCUCUUCCUUGUAAGGUCUGUAGAACUUGGUCUAAAGAGAAACGUGGCGCUGUGGCGCGCAUGAUAGAAAAACACAAGCAGAAAAAUAAGAAGCCUGCGACAGUUUCAAGACCUUGUGAGGAUAGAGCAGGGGUGACGCAAGUGGACCCUUUUAAAGGUAAGAAAGUUGCCACGCCCGUGGAGUCUUUGCGGGACAAGACCACACGUGUUCGUGUUCUAGAUGUUGAGCCUACGAUAGAGUUUUCCACUGUUCUGUCCUCAGAACAGAUUACUGUUACCAGCAACGAAGCUGCUAUGUCCAGUCAUUCCCAUGACAUCUCGGACAAUUGUAUGGCCGUUCCGUCCUCGGAACAUGAGAGCCCUAUUACUAGGCCAGGUCAUUCCUAUGACCAAAUUCGUCUGAAGAUGAUAGAGAUGUAUUGCGCAUCACUGAAUCAUCACGUGAAUUUAAACGAAACAGACAGUCGCUCAGACGCUGGUCAGUCGUCAACUUUUUCCAACCCAGGAACAUCUAAGGUUGAUUGGAAAGGUUUUGUUUCCAGAGUUGCAUCAGAUCUCAGUAUUCCUAUGAAGGAAAAGAUCGGAGACUCGGAGUACAAGUCAUAUGUUGCCGAACAUUUACUAACUCCAAAAGAGGCCAGACAGUUCAGUCUUCCUUUAGAGGGUUCGAUUGUUCACGCACUCGAAGAGUUAGAUGAAAACAUUGAAGAAGGCAUCAUGUGUUCAUCUGAACUUAGAAGCCAGGAAGGUGCAAUGCCUUAUAAGUUUAACAACAAGGCAUUUGAAUCUACAAACAGUGAGUUUAGAAAAAUGGACAUGAGUUCGAGACUGUUACUGAGACAGAUUUCCUAUGGCUCAUUGAUUACAACUUUUCUAGACAGAGCAGUUUCUGACGAGGAUAGACAAGAGGCUAUCCAAGCUUUAUCUCAGCUGUUUCAUGCUAUGGCCGAUGUGACUUCCAGAGUUAUGCUUAACUCUGUCACUGCUAGAAGAAGUCUUUAUCUAAAAGACAUGGCUUUCAAAAAUAAAGCAACUGAGAAUAAAUUGCUACGCCAGUCUGCAAUUGGUCCUAAAUUGUUUGGGGGUAAGUUUUUUGAGGUUUUGCAUAGCAGUGCAGAGAACCUGCGAGAUGCUAAGGAAACUCAACAUCUCAGGGAUUUGAAGCGAAAGGACCUGAAAAGGAAAGUUGAUGACUCUAGAGGGUCAAAAGCUUCAGAUAAGACAGCAUACUCAAUUCCUAAAAAGAGGAAUUUUGAAGGAUAUGAUAGACAAGAUACGUCAAAGGAUAGUUCUUCCUUUCGAUACAAACCGCAGGGUAAACAAAGCUUUAAAAAGCCGGAAAACCCUAGAUCGGGGUUUCGCCCGAGAAAACAGUAG